AACGCUCUUUAGUAACUUUGAAAACAAGAAUAUAAGUAACAAGUUCUGCAUGCGAUUUCUUAGACUUCAAGCACAGGUGUUUGCAGUUAAAUUCAGAGUAGGCUGUGGAUCAAACAACUGACGAUCGCGACUAAAUGAUAAGUUUACAAUUGCGCCGCCGCCGCCUGCGAUCAAAUUAGAAAAUGAAAAGCGCGACACCCGCGCCGCAAUAUCAGUGUCUGGGCGUUUUAAACAACGUGCUUAGAAUCAGAACAAUAUAAAGUAUGUUACCACCAGAGAAUACAGAGUUACCAGUAGAAGGGGCACUCGCCAAAAAGCCUUUGACCUUCUGACCUCUGAAGAUGCCGACAUUUUUCUAAGAACUCGGAUCCUUUUUUUCAGGUGCCUCACUUGAGGUCCCGCUUUUUUAUUGCUUUAUACAGUGUAGUGCAGCCGUACUUUGGCGCAUGUACGGCAUAGGUUUUCAAAAAAUUGUUUGUAAUGGCUUUGUGUACUUGAUACACAUGCGAUCUUAAUGAAAGGUUGGCUGUAGAGAAAGUCCACCCAAAUUUAGGAAGCACAAUACGAGUAGUCGAAAGUAAAGUUUUCGUCUAAUCGUCCGGCAUGCAAAUAAAACAUGCUUAGCAGGAACAGCACCCGAUUUACCAUCUAUUUUUUAUGAAAAAAGAAAUAUGAGAAAAUAUCGAGUUUCUCUAUGGAUCAUGGGCGAUAUUUUUUGAAAAUGACCUGCUGAAAUACUGAAUACAGGGUGUUGCCGAAAGGAAUGGUCAAAUAAUAGGAAUAAUAUAAGGCUGCUUUACCAGAAUAUUCAAAAUACACUGAAUUUUCUAAAAUGGACUAAUUGUACAAGUGAUGGCAUCAUGCACCAUUUGUUUUAAAUUCGAGCGGUCAAUGCAUUCACCGUUUUUGAAAAAGAGGUGGAAGAUUUUUUGUUGCUAUCGUUUUUUGACAGAUCCUCUCUUCUGUCAUUUGUCGGUAAGCGCAUUUUGAGGUUAUGUUCUGUGUGUGUGCUGUGUGUGUUUUGUUCAAUGGAAGUGUCCAUUAUUGUUUACGAAUACGUAUUCGAUUUUUUAACACUUCUGAUUUAGUUUAAGCCCCAAAACCGUCUAAAUGAAGAUCUAGUGGACCCAUUUAACCAUCAAAAUGGCCACAGUUAUCGAAAUUCCUCUCAACACCGAUGAGGUGAUCGAGUUGUAUUCAGACCAACUACCCGAUGGAGAUGAAGUCCUUGGUAUACUGCGUCAAGAAAAGUCGCAGCUAUCCGUAUGGGUUAACUUGGCUUUGGAGUAUUACAAACAAGGCAAGAUUGAUGACUUCAUUAAGAUUUUGGAAGCAUCCCGAACUGAGGCAAAUGUCAGCUAUCGCGACUAUGAGAAAGAUCAGAUGCGAGCACUGGAUAUGCUUGCAGCAUAUUAUGUCCAAAGGGCUAAUAAAGAAAAGGGAAAGGACAAGAGAAGAGAACUAUUCACUAAAGCCACCCUUCUCUAUACUACAGCUGAUAAAAUUAUCAUGUAUGAUCAGAACCAUCUCUUGGGAAGAGCAUACUUUUGCCUCUUGGAAGGUGAUAAAAUGGACCAAGCUGAUGCCCAAUUCAAUUUUGUUUUGAACCAGUCACCAAAUAAUAUACCUUCUCUUCUUGGUAAAGCAUGCAUUGCUUAUAAUAAGAAAGACUAUAGGGCUGCUCUAGCUUUUUAUAAAAAAGCACUGAGAACCAAUCCUAACUGCCCUGCAGCUGUCAGGUUGGGUAUGGGUCAUUGUUUUAUUAAACUAAACAAUCUUGAAAAGGCCAGACUGGCUUUUGAGAGGGCCUUGCAGCUGGACCCAAAAUGUGUGGGAGCUUUAGUGGGCUUAGCCAUACUAAAAUUGAAUUUGCAGCAACCAGAAUCUAUUAGGGAAGGAGUGCAAAUGUUGUCAAAAGCUUACACUAUAGAUUCAUCAGAUCCCAUGGUGUUGAAUCAUCUAGCAAAUCAUUUCUUCUUCAAAAAGGAUUAUAGCAAAGUUCAACAUCUAGCACUACAUGCCUUCCACAACACAGAAAAUGAGGCCAUGAGAGCAGAAAGCUGUUACCAGUUAGCCAGAGCUUUCCAAGUGCAAGGAGACUAUGACCAAGCUUUCCAAUAUUAUUAUCAGGCUACACAGUUCUCUCCACCAUCUUUUGUGCUUCCGCAUUUUGGACUUGGACAGAUGUAUAUCUACAGAGGAGACACUGAAAAUGCUGCACAAUGCUUUGAGAAAGUUCUGAAAGUCCAGCCUGGCAACUAUGAAACAAUGAAGAUCCUGGGUUCACUCUAUGCAAACUCGACUUCACAGUCAAAAAGAGACAUUGCCAAGGUUCAUUUGAAAAAAGUCACAGACCAAUUCCCAGAUGACAUUGAAGCCUGGAUUGAGUUGGCGCAGAUUUUGGAGCAGAGCGACUUGCACGCUUCACUGAACGCUUAUGAAACUGCCAUGCAACUGUUGAAGAAAAAUGUGCAAGCUGACAUACCUGUUGAGCUGUUGAAUAAUGUUGGAGCACUACAAUACAGGUUGGGUAAUCUGGAAGAGGCCAAAAAACACAUAGAAGAAGCUCUGUCCCGUGCCAAAACUGAAGCAGCUCACGAUCCUCAGUAUUACAAUUCUGUAUCAGUCACCAUGACCUACAACUUGUCCAGGCUGAAUGAGGCGCUGUGUCUGUUUGACAAAGCUGAGAAACAUUAUAAGGAUAUUAUCAAGGCACAUCCAAACUAUGUUGACUGCUACCUAAGAUUGGGAUGUAUGGCAAGAGACAGAGGCCUCAUUUAUGAGGCUUCUGAUUGGUACAAAGAAGCGUUGAAAGUGAAUACAGAGCACCCAGAUGCUUGGUCAUUGAUGGCAAAUCUUCAUUUUGCUAAACAAGAAUGGGGACCUGGACAGAAGAAAUUCGAAAUGAUUCUGAAGAACCCUGCUACUUCGCAAGAUGCUUACUCUUUGAUAGCACUUGCUAAUGUGUGGUUACAAUCUUUGCAUCAGCCCACAAAGGACAAGGAAAAAAUGAAGAGACAUCAAGAACGAGCACUAGCAUUGUACAAACAGGUAUUGAAGAUAGAUCCGAAAAAUAUCUUCGCCGCAAACGGUGUAGGCGCAGUUUUGGCCCACAAAGGGGCUGUGAAUGAAGCAAGAGAUAUAUUCGCCCAAGUCAGAGAAGCUACAGCUGAUUUUUCCGAUGUUUGGUUAAAUAUAGCACACAUCUAUGUUGAACAAAAACAGUUCGUCAGUGCUAUACAAAUGUAUGAAAAUUGUCUGAGGAAGUUCUACAAGUACAACAAUGUGGAAGUGUUGCAAUAUCUAGCAAGGGCCUAUCACAAAGCAGGAAAAUUCAAAGAAGCGAAAAUGGUUUUGUUAAGAGCCAGAAGAGUUGCACCACAAGACAGCAUUUUACUGUAUAACAUUGCUUUCAUAAUGCAGAGACUGGCUACACAGAUCUUGAAGGAUGAAAAGUCUACUUUGUCCACUGUACUACAAGCUGUACACGAAUUGGGACUUUCUUUGAAGUACUUCAACUAUCUAGUGGAGUUGGGUGAUAAAACCAAAUAUGACGUCAGUUUGGCAGAGCUGGAAGCUCGCCAAUGUAAAGAUCUGCUGUCCCAAGCUCAAUACCAUGUGGCCAGAGCAAGGAGAGUUGACGAGGAAGAAAGGUUGAUCAAGAGGAAACAGGAAGAAGAGAGGGCAGCUUUCAAGAUGAGACAGAUAGAAGAACUCAAAAGAAUGGAGGAGGAACAAAGACUGUCCAAGGAGCAAAUGUUACAGAAACGACAAGAGUACAAGGAAAAAACAAAGAAUGCGCUUAUUUUCAACGAUAUGCCAUCCGAGAAGAAAAACAAAGGUGGAAGAGGUAGAGGUAGAACUGGAGAUAUUCUGUCGGGAUCUGACAGUGAUCAGGAAAAUGUUGAGGGUGGUGAAGCUCCACGAAAGGAGAAGAAAGAACGAGGCCGUAAGAAGCAAAGAGGAGAUGGCAGAAAGAGAGAAAAAGGUGGUGGUAGAAAGCGCAAAGAAAAACAGAUUGGUUCUGAUUCUGACGGCAGUGAUAAACCAAAGAGGAAGAGGAAAAGGAAAGAGAAGGAGCCAAAGAAGCCAAAGAAGGAAGAAGGUCUCAGUGCAAAACAGAAGAGCAGAAUUGUGUCAAAAGCCACCAUAUCAUCUUCAGAUGAUAGCGAUGAUGACAAGCAUAGAAUAGCUAGUGGAGAUGAAAGUGACAAUGCUCCUAGAGGAAGAAAGAGGAAGAUUUCUUCAGGAUCUGAAUCCAACAGGUCGAGAAGUGGUUCAAAAAGCUCCAGGUCAAGGUCUAGAAGCGGUUCUGGCUCUAGAUCCAGGAGUGGUUCACGUUCCAAAAGCAGAUCCAGAUCAAAGUCUAGAAGCCGUUCUAGGUCUAAAUCCAAGAGCCGUUCCAAAAGCGGAUCUAGAUCUAGAAGCGGCUCCAGAGGUAAACACGGAUCUAGAUCCCGAAGCGGAUCUAGGGCUAAAAGUGGAUCUAGAUCUCGAAGUGGCUCUAGAGCUAAAAGCGGGUCAAGGUCUCGCAGCGGGUCUAGGGCUAAAAGCGGAUCAAGAUCUCGGAGCGGUUCUAGAGCAAAAAGCGGUUCUAGAUCUCGUAGCGGCUCCAGGGCUAAGAGCGGUUCUAGAUCUAGGAGCGAAUCAAGAGAAAAGAGCAAAUCUAGAUCUAGAAGUGGAUCUAGGGCUAAAAGCAAAUCUAGGUCGAAGAGCGAUUCAAGAUCUAGAAGUGGUUCUAGAGGAAAAAGCGGAUCGCGUUCAGGCAGUAAAUCAAAAAGUGACUCGGAUUAGAUCAUUGUUGGCAUAUAUUAAUGCAUUGGUUUUACAAAUUGUACAAUUUCUACAAUAAAGAAUACUUGAAAUGACUGC